ACAUUGUUCGGGUUCGGGUUCGGUCUCCGUCUCCGUCUCCGCCUCCGUCUCCAACACUGCUCUCUGCUGCCAUCGACAGCCAGCUCGAAGCUCAGCUACGUAGCGAUCGCAACGUAAGCCACUCCGGUUGCGGUUGGGUUCUUCGGGACGGACCUUUGUUCUCGCCACGCCACUGGAAAUCUCCCAAAUAGUGCUGAGAAUGGGCGACUCCACGCCCAUCUGCCGCUGCCGCGUGCUCUAUUUGGGCAGCGCGGUGCCGCGCCAGAGCAAGGAUGGGCUCCAGGGCAUUCAGGAGCCGCUGCGCAGCCUCUACCCCUCGGAGGGGGCGGUGGGCGCCAAGGGCAUCGACAGCUGGCUGAGCGUCUGGUCGAACGGCAUUCUGCUGGAGAAUGUGGACGAGAACCUCAAGCAGAUCACGCGCUUCUUCCCAAUCGAGUCGCUCCACUACUGCGCAGCCGUGCGGCAGGUUCUCAUUCCCGAGCGCGGCAACUCGCAUCCGGAGCCGAAGUUCCUGCCCCUGGACUCGCCAUUCGCCCGCAUGCCGCGCGCCCAGCAUCCGCCCAUCUUUGCCGCGAUCCUGCGCCGCACCACUGGCAUCAAGGUGCUCGAGUGCCACGUGUUCAUCUGCAAGCGGGAGGCUGCGGCCAACGCUCUAGUCAGGUGCUGCUUCCACGCCUAUGCCGACAACUCGUAUGCCCGCCAGCUGGAGACGGGCAGCACGGCGGGCGGAGGAGGCAGCAGCGUCUACGGCACCGUUAAGAGUGCCACAGGCAGCAAGUCCAACGGCGAUCUGGCCAACGGAAAUGGAAAUGGAAAUGGAAGUGGAAACGGGCACGGAAGCCAUCAUCUGUCCCUCGCCGCCCAGGGCGGCUGGCGGUCUCGUGCCGGCAGUACAACAACGCUCAACAGCCUGGGGCGCGCAUCGAACGGACAUGCCCCCAAUGGAUCCGCACUUGGCAUGAACGGUGGCAGCACUGGCAGUGCCGCGGAGGGCUACACCUCCGUCAAGAACUUUUAUGGGAGCAGCGCCGACCUGAAUGUGACAGGGGAUGAUGGCGACGCUUCGCUGUACAAUGGCGACGAGAACCACAAGGUGUGGAGUGGGUCACAGGACCAGCUGGACAGCAUCGGGCCCGCUGAGAGUCCUUACGAAGUGUACACCGGCAACACCUCCACAUUGGGCAGGCCGCUGCGGGCACGUCAGAUGAGCGCCCCCAUCGAUGUGGCUCCGCCCCCAGUCAAGGAGGAGCGCAAGCAGAAGCGCGACAAGAAGUCGUCCAAGUCCAGCGGAAGCCAGAGCCUGUCGGGCACCCUCAUCAGGCCGAAGCCUAUGCACCCUGCCGCCAUGCACCGCUCUGGCCUCCCGAGCUCCGCCGGUCCCGGCAGCGUCAUCUACGGCCCCGUCUCCGGCCACGGACAUGGGCCGCACUCGCACUCUGCCCGCUAUCACACCAUCAGUCAUCGGGGCUUCCCCCCGGGUCCACCGCCGCCCAGUCACAUGGUCCACCACCCGCAGGCGCAGCUUAGCCACCAGCACCACAUGCAGAUGCACCAUGCGGCACACCAGCACAUGGGCGGCAUGCCCCCCCUUCAAAUUCCGGUCAUGAUGCCGCAGCAGUACGCGACACUGCAGCCGUCGCGCUCGACCAGCAAAAAGAAGAAGAAGGACAAGAAGAGCGGGGGAGGGGGAGGGGGAGGUGGAGUCCCCGUCGGCAUGCCCAUAGUGCCCCCAAUCUACGCCUACCACCAGCAGCAGGCGAUGGGCGGCGUCCCUCCUCCGCAGAUGGCUCAAUCGAUGAUUGGGGAGCCGCGACCGCUGGGAAUGUCUAGCCGAAAAAUGGCGGCGUCGAUGGGCAACGGCCUGGAUGACUCUGGCAACUCGGGGGCCGAGUCACCGUCGCCGGGAGGCACUGGAAUCUACAAGCGCAAGGGCCACCUGAACGAGCGGGCCUUCAGCUAUUCCAUCCGUCAGGAGCACCGCAGCCGCAGCCACGGCUCGUUGGCCAGCCUGCAGUUCAAUCCCCCGGACAUGAAGAAGGAGCGCGAGAUCGCCCAAAUGGUGGCGGGCCUGGACCUGAACGAGGGCGAACGACAGAUGGGUCCGAGCACUCUGCAGCGCAAGCAGGCCGCCAUGACGAUGACGAAUGGCGGAGGUCCCGGACAACAUCCGCAUCCACACGCGCACGCCCCACAUCCGCAUCAGCAUCCGCAUCAGCAUCCACAUCCGCAUGCCAUAUACGGGCCCCUGGGGCCAUCGAGUAGCUUCGGCAAGCCACGAAGAUAGGAGAUGGGCGACUAGGACAAAGUGCAUGGGACAUGUACAUAGAAUUAGACAACGUUUAGCGAUGCUGGUCAAAUUAGAAAGGGAACCAUCGAAGCUGCCCCCGCCAACCUCCUCCAGCAACAAGCAGCAUUCAGAUGUCCUGAGAAUUCCGACACUGAAUCCAACAUAAUCAAUGAAUAUGUGUGCCUUAUUAGGUUUAUACUUUAAGUAAAUCCGCUAGCGGCUAACCAUUCAUACAUUGUACAUGGCUGUACAGCGCUGUACUUCGUACUUGAACCACCAUAAUUCAUAAUACAUAACACAGCAAGUAGAAUACAUAAUAGAAUACGCUUGGAUGAACCGGCCGGAUGAACAAAUGAA